AUGAAUAAUCAAGAGAAUCAAUGGCCCUCAGUCUCCGGCGCAACGAGGGUGCUAAGAAUCCCCGGAGGUAAAACGAAAAACAAAUUAAACAUUGGUACAUGGAACGUUCAAAGUUUAUAUGAGGCAGGAAAACUUGAUAAUACCAUAUUAGAAAUGACAAGAUUAAACAUCAAUAUUCUCGGUAUAAGUGAAAUGCGGUGGCCAGAUGCCGGCGAGCUUAAAAAAGAUGACGCUACGGUUUUCUAUUCUGGUAAUCAAAAUAGGAAGCACAGCAACGGAGUGGGCAUGAUUAUCAAGGGCCAUGCUGCGAAAUGUGUCUCAACAUUUAUUCCGCAUUCCGAUAGAACAAUGCUGGUCAAACUAAGUGCAAAGCCUGUUAACAUCAACUUGAUACAAGUUUACGCACCAACAGCAGAUAAAAGUGAUGAAGCUAUUGAAGAGUUUUACCAUGACAUCGACGAAUUAAUGAAGCUCACUAAACCACAAGAAUUGAAUAUCGUAUUAGGUGACUUCAAUGCCAAAGUGGGCUCCACUCAAGUGGAAGGAGUAACCGGUCAUUUUGGUUUAGGAGACAGAAAUGAAAGAGGUGACAGAUUAAUUCAGUUUUGUCAAGAAAACAAAAUGAAAAUUACCAACACAUGGUUUAGUUUACCGCCAAGAAGGUUAUAUACGUGGAAAUCGCCACAAGAUAACGAUCUACGCACUGUCAGGAAUCAAAUUGAUUUCAUACUAGUUAAUAGGAGAUUCGGUUCAUUUGUUUCGAGGGUCAGUACUUAUCCAGGUGCUGACGUUAGGACAGACCAUAAUCUCUUACUAGCCAACAUCAAAAUCAAGCUUGCAGUUAUUCAAAGAACACCACAAAGAACAAAACUGAAUGUAGCUAAAUUGAAAGAUAUUUCAACAAAAAACAUAGUUACUGCAGAAAUAAAUCAAAAGCUGAGCGAAAUCAAUUUAGAAACAAACAACACAAACGAUAUCUGGACAGAAACGAAAGUAGUUUUAAAUCAAGUUGCUAAAGCCAAAUUGGGUAACCAACAACAUAUCACAAAUAAUAAAUGGAUGACUGAAGAAAUAAUAGAACUCAUGAACGAAAGGCGCAAAUAUAGAAAUAUAAAUCCGGUAAAGUACAAACAAUUAAACGGAACCAUCCAAAGAAAAAUUAGGUGGGCAAAAACAGAGUGGCUUAAUCAACAGUGUCAGGAAAUAGAAAGAUUACAACAAGUCCAUGACGAUUUUAACCUUCAUAAGAAAUUAAAAGAAGCAUCCGGUAUUUAUAGAAAAAAGACUUCAUCCAUUUUGGUAAAUAAAGAAGACAAAGUUGUUUUCGAUAUAGAAGAAAAGAAGCAGGUCUGGGAAGAAUACAUAAAAGAUCUUUUCUCGGAUAGUAAUAGAUCGAUUUUGACUGAGUCAGCAACACCACAUCUAACUGGUCAACCAAUCACGAAAGGGGAAAUUGUACAAGCUAUCGAGAUAUAUAAAAAAUGUGAAGCAGCAAUGGGGCAGUCACAAUUUGGUUUCAAAGCAGGUAUGGGUACAAGAGAAGCUUUAUUUUGUACAAAAGUUCUGGUUGAAAACUGUAAAGAUGUGCAAAAAGAUGUUUUUAUUUGCUUCAUAGACUACGAAAAAGCCUUCGACCGAGUCCAACACGAUAAACUAAUCGAAAUUUUGCAAAAUAUGGACAUCGACCAGAAAGAAAUAAACUGCAUUCAAAGAUUAUAUUGGAAACAAACAGCGGAAAUCAAAAUUGAAGCGGAAACAACAAGAGAAAUCGAGAUUCUUAGAGGUGUAAGGCAAGGUUGUAUUCUCUCACCUCUACUUUUCAACGUCUACUCAGAGAACAUAUUUAAAGAAGCAACCAGUGAUGUAGAAGAGGGUAUCAAAGUUAACGGCAUCAACAUUAAUAACAUCAGAUAUGCAGAUGAUACCACUUUAAUAGCUGGUAGUAUCGAAGAUCUACAAACUUUAUUGAACAAAGUUAACCACUAUAGUAAACAGUUCGGUCUUCAUAUUAACAUCGAUAAAACUAAAUAUAUGGUUGUAAGCAGGAAAAACAACAUCAACAAUACGAGGCUUUUUACAGAUAAUAAAACAGUAGAAAGAGUAACUAAGUUCAAAUACCUCGGAUGCUGGCUUAAUGAAAGUUGGGACUCUUCAGAUGAGAUAAGAUGUAGAAUUGAAGUUGCCAGGGCGAUGUUCUUCAGAUACAAAAAAGUUCUUACCAAUCAUGGUAUCAACAUCGCACUAAAAGUCAGAUUCGUUAAAUGUUACGUGUGGUCAGUAUUGUUGUAUGGAAUGGAAACGUGGACUCUGAAAGUAGCAGAAAUGAAUAAAAUCGAAGCUUUUGAAAUGUGGCUGUACCGGAGAAUUUUGAAAAUUCCUUGGAUAGACAGGGUGUCCAAUGCCGAAGUGCUGAGAAGAAUAAACAAAGAACAAAUAUGGUGGAAAAGUGGUCGUCUCCAAGAUUUCAAUGAUGUCACGUAUUCCUGCGCAACUACAAUCGACAUAAAUAAUGUAUGUCAAAUAAAACUUAUUUCAAUGUUAUUUGACAAGUCUAGUCCUCAUUUCACUCAAAUAAUCAAAUGUAGCGUAACACCAACAGUGAAAGUAUUAAAAACUUUAACCCAAGAUCUGAUAGAAUUCGAUACAAAUGUGAUUGCUAUUUAUGCUAAAAGAGUCGUUCUACCAGGAAAAGUUUCGGAAAACGCUAGAACUCUCUUUGUAGAUAGCGUUUACUUGAAAUUGCAGAUGCAUAUUGCAGAUGCUGGUAUAGAUAUUAAUCUGACUUCCAUAUAUUUUCUUAAAGAACAUCCAUGGUUUUUGGUUGUACGAAAUGAGUAUGCCGAUUUGGGUUACACCGCAAAAAUUAAAUUAUCGAAAAGUUGCUCUUUUAAAUGA